AUGAAUCCACCCCCCAGUCAUAUUAAUACUCACAUUCCUCGAGGCACAGGCCGAGGAGGUGGAGUAGCAGCCAUAUAUGAUUUGAGCGUUUUAAUGGACCCUAAACCUAAACUAAAUUAUAAUUCAUUUGAAAGUCUUGUUCUUAGUCUUUCUCACCCAAACUGGAAAACACUGCAGCCAGUUCUAUUUGUUAUAGUGUACCGCGCUCCUGGACCGUACUCUGAUUUUAUAUCUGAAUUCUCAGAGUUUUUAUCAAGUUUAGUCCUUAAAUCAGAUAAAGUAAUUAUUGUAGGUGAUUUUAAUAUUCAUGUGGAUGUUAACAAUGACAGCCUUAGUAAUGCAUUUAUAUCAUUAAUAGACUCAAUUGGCUUCUGUCAGAGUGUAAAUAAACCAACUCAUUGUUUUAAUCACACUCUUGACCUUGUUCUAUCAUAUGGCAUUGAUAUUGAACAUUUAAUAGUCUUCCCACAUAAUCCUUUCCUAUCUGACCAUUAUUUAAUAACUUUUGAAUUCAUACUAUUAGAUUACAAGCCAUUAGGCAAAACUUUCUACAGCAGAUGUCUAUCUGACAGUGCUGUAGCUAAAUUUAAGGAGGAGAUUCCUUCAGUGUUUAAUUCAAUGCAAUGUCUAAAUUUAACAGAGUCCUAUAACAACUUUAGUCCCUCUGAAAUUGAUAAUCUUGUCGAUAGUGCUGCAGGCUCACUACGAUCAACAUUAGACUCUAUCGCUCCUAUAAAAAGGAAAUUAUUAAAACAUAGGAGACUAGCACCGUGGUAUAACCACCAAACCCGCCAGUUAAAACAAAUAGCUAGGAAAUCUGAAAGGAAAUGGCGCUCUUCCAAAUUAUCAGAAUAUCGCUCAAUUUGGCAAGAUAAUCUUAAAACUUAUAGAAAGGCCCUCCGUAAUGCCAGAGGAGCCUAUUACUCAGCACUAAUAGAAGAAAAUAAGAAUAACCCUAGGUUCCUCUUCAGCACUGUAGCCAGGCUGACAGAGAGUCACAGCUCUAUCGAGCCACAUAUCCCCAUAAACUUAAGGAGCAAUGAAAGUAACGGCAAGGGCAAAGUCAAUAACUAA